AUGAUGCUCCAAAGGCUGGUACCCUGCCUGGCGCUGCUACAGUCAGCCACGGCGGGCUACCUGGCAGUGCCCCUGCAAUCUCCGGCAGGCGUAACAUUCGUCAACAGUCAACAGCAUGCCGGUCUGUUGGCAGGACCCGUGCGGUUGACGACGGCACCGGCGGCCAUCGUUGAUGCUCGCUCGGCCGCCGUAUCCGUGGCGCAGCAGGCUCCAGCGCCCCAGUUCUACUCCUACAACGUCCAGCAGCCCGUCUUUGGCAGGGCGAGCUACACGCCGUCCUCGGUGCAGUACCACUCCUACGGCAGUCCGUCGGUGCGAGUGUUCGAUCCGAAGUCGUUCGUCUACACCAGCGGUGUCCCCACGACGACGCACACCGUCCAGCAGCAGGUCCCAGUGACGGUGACCACCCAGUAUCACCACGACCCCCAUCAGGUUCCCACGGUGUACCAAGUUCCCGCGCCGAAGCCCGUACCAACUCCGGUUCCGGUGCCAACGCCGGUUCCCGUGCACGUCCCGGUCCACGUACCCGUCCACGUCCCAGUUCCGGUGCCCGUCGCUCCAACCUACACCAAAACGGUCACAACCGGGCCAACGUACAUUACGCCACCACCACCUCCGCCGCCCGAGGUGAAACACGUCCCGGUGGUGCGAUCGCGCAAGUUCAAGGUACGCCGGCCGGCCAUUCAGAAUCAGUUCUACGACAUCGAGGAACGGGUCAUCAUUCGCCCGGUCGGUUCGGCGCUGGUCGAACUGGAGCAACCGAUCUCGCAGACCGAAACCCGGACGCGAACCACCACGAAGACCACGUUCGCCGAGAAGCCCCCGAUCUACGUCUCGGUUCCGGCGCCAGCCCCGGUCGACCACUCGGUGGUGGAGCACGGCGAAGAAGAGCUGUACAAAACGCGCAUCGGACGGCCGCAGGUGGUGACGCAGACGACCACGGUCUACACGGAGCGUCCGUCGGUCACGCGCAAGGAUGGGUACGAUCGGAUCCAGGACGAGCGGACAUUCCAGACGCAGAAGUCGGCCGCCAGCACGGCCAAGAGCUCCGACGCGGAGUUUAUCGAUGCGCCGGGAAGUGCGGUUCCACAGGAACCGCGGCCUAUCUUCACGCAGGGACACACCAUCUACCACCAAGGACACCAGACACCGGCGUACCUCCAUCCGUUCGCUCACCCGCACCUUGCGCCACACCCGUACGUGUACCACCCGGGGAACGCAGGACAUCUGCUGCACCACGUGGCCUACGUUGAUCCGCAGCCCCACACGGCACUGCUGGCCGCACAUCCUGCCGCUCACCCUGGGGUCUUCCACGUACCCUCCUCGACGACUCCUCUGUAUCCGGUGGUAACUCCUGCCCGUGAUUGUGAUGAGCAGGGUCCACCGAAGGCACCACACUAUCUGCCGCCCACCGUGACCCCCGUAGCCCCCAUCACGCCUUCUCAGCCCCCUGUCGGCACUACCACACCCUAUCCGCCCGUAUCGUCGACGCCCGGAACUUUCGCGGACGAUGGAGACGACUACGAUGAUUCGAUCGUGGUGAAUGCCCGCGGCGGUACCCAUAACCACACCGAGUACGCGACGACGGAUUCGGACUCGGAUUAUGAUACGGCCACGAUCGCCAGCACGGUGGCCGCUCCGCCCGCGAACCGCUACCACGACAAGUACCGCGGUGAGCAGCAGAGCUCCUCCCAACAGAGCUCCUCGCAGAGCCAGGGCACGAUCGAGAUCAGCUACGCCACGCGCACUACUCCCGCCAGUGACAUCGUCGCGUUCGAUCCAUCCACCUCGUCGUCCGGUGGCUUCGAUCUAGGACCCUUGUACUCCACGCCGCGGGGAUUCUCCUUCCCAUCGACCACUCCCCGCACGACCGCGACCACUUUCAGCAGCAGCAGCAACAGCGGCAGCAUUACCGCCUCGAGCACGGCCGCUUCGCAGCGAUCGGUUACCGUCAUCUCGUCGACCACACCGCUCACGUUGUCCGCGCGGUUCAGCGAGGGCUCGGCCAGCUCGUCCACGUCCCACCAGGCCACCGCCAGCUCCCAGUCGCUCGUCGUUGGCCAGGGUCUAACGCGCGAACAGAUCCACGCCAACCAGGAGCAGUUCAUCCGGCUGCUGUCGGAACGGGACUCGAUCGCCCAGGUCGGGUACGGAGGACCGAAGGCGGACACGACCGGCUCGCUGCUCGAUGCGUACGUACGCAGUCGCGUGCUGUCGGCUACGCCAGCACCUCACGACGCCAAGGAAACGUCGCGCACCGUCAACAUCCGGCGCAUCAUCGUGUCCCGGCCCGUCGAAACGGAGCAGGAGGUGGAGGUGCGGGAACAGGCGUACGCUACGACGCUGGCGCCCCCGAGCACGGACUACGAGCACAAGCGGGACGUGAGCGAGGUCAGCACGGGGACCGCCCGGAGUGACGACGGCCAGCUAGGACCACGGGUACCGGUCUACGUCGACGCCAAACCACCGGCCUUCGUCAACGAGUCGGAUCAGCAGUAG